AUGGCAGGGUCUCUCCAGGGGAAAGGGGAACGCUGGUACCGCCUGCGCCAGGUCCUCAACCAGCGCAUGCUGAAGCCGUCGGAGGCCAUGCUGUACACGGGGGUCAUCAACGAGGUGGUGUCGGACCUGAUGGCCCGGCUGCAGGCGGAGAGGGCGGGAGCCCUCGGGGUCCUGGUGGAGGACAUGGCCAACCUGCUGUACAGAUUCGCCCUGGAAGGCAUCUCCUACAUCCUCUUCGCCCGCAUCGGGUGCCUGGAGCAGAUCCCCACGGAGACGCGGCGCUUCAUCGACGCCAUUGGCCUCAUGCUGAGGAAUUCCGUCUUCGCCACCGUCAUGCCGCUGUGGAGCCGGAAGCUGCUGCCCUUCUGGAGGCGCUACCUGGAGAGCUGGGACAUCAUCUUCGCCUUUGGCAAGAAGCUGAUGACAGGAAGAUGGAGGAGCUGGAGGGGCAUCUGGAGCGAGGCGACAGGUGUCGGGCUACCUGAGUUACCUGCUGGCCAGCGGCAGCUGACGCCAGAGGAGGUGUACGGCAGUGUGGCGAGCUGCUGCUGGCCGCGUGGACACGGUAGGGCGGCCGGCCGUGACAGCUGGAUCCGUCGGGCCCGCGGGCUGUUUUGA